UUUUUAAAAAAAAAAGGUCGCGAGGGUCCGUGAAGGUCUGGAGAGGGGGGAAUAAAACCCAGUCAAAAAUUAAAUGAGUAUAAAUAAGAAAUGGCGGCGGUGAAAGAAGAGAAUGGUACCGCAGCUCGUUCGGGGGGGGAGGAGUCCACGUACACGCUGGCCUGUCAGAAGCUGGAGAACCUGCUGAACAAGAGCAUGCGCAUCCGCAUGACGGACGGGCGCACGCUGGUGGGGCUGUUCCUCUGCACUGACCGCGACUGCAACGUCAUCCUGGGGUCCGCGCAGGAGUUCCUUAAAUCCACAGACUUGUUCUCCCAGGGCGAGCCCCGCGUGCUGGGCCUGGCCAUGAUCCCCGGGCACCACGUGGUGUCCAUAGAGGUGGAGGCGGACAGCCUGGCGGGCUCUCAGGGCUUCUAAAAGGCUCGUCGCAAGCCGUCACCUGGAGCUGGCGGACUGAACGGGAGAGGACAAGGCAGCACAGGGCCAGGCCAGCUGGGAGGGACGGGGGCUGGCCUGCUGGGUGGAGGGAGGGAUGGUUUUGCUGGGUGGUUGAUCCUGAUAUGGUUGUUGUCUGCGUUCCAAGGACUAGGCUCUUUCAGACGGGAUGAAGUGAGCCCGUAGAACACUCUAUUUGCUGCACGUGGAAGCACGCAAAAUGGAAAAACAAAAAUGACACAAACUGCACCCCCGGCUUUGGUGGCCUCGUAGUCUGCCCAGUGUCGCCCCUUCCUGGAGCGGAUUCUCCGGCUGAUGGGCACAUGGGGCGGCGAGGAGAGGAGCUGGGCGCUUCUGGGAUGAGCUGCACACACACACACACCCAGACUGCGCGACAGGCCGCAGCCGCCAGGGCCGCAGUGAAGAAGCCAUGCGUCCUUGGGAUUGUUUUUUUUUUUAUUUUGGGGCUUGCUCAGAGGCUUGACGUUAACUGAUUUUAUGGAUUAAAAACGUUUGCUUUUCCUGGC